GGUAUAGUUACCAGUUUUUGGUGGUACCAAUGGCGGUCAAAUUCAAUAUGUCGGUUUUACUGUAAAAAAUUUAGUUGUCCCAUUUUACUGAUGUGUGGUCCUCCUUCAGAUUGCCAGUUCAAUUAAAUACAAUUAACAAUUGUGUAAGCGAUACAAACCUUUCGUAUGAAGUUUUUUUGUAUAGCAGUCAGAUUUGAAUUCUUCGAAUAAUUAUGAACGGUACAGAAAAUAAAAUAUCAUACAAAAACAAGAAAAUUUUAGCACCCAUGGUACGGAUAGGAGGCUUGCCAAUGCGGUUGCUUGCUUUGAAAUAUGGUGCUGAUCUCGUGUACUGUGAGGAAAUUAUUGACCAUAGAUUUCUUCGAUGUACAAGAGUUGAGAAUGCUCUUCUGCAGACCAUUGAUUAUGUUCAUGCAGAUGGCAAUGUUGUGUUUCGUACUUGCAACAGGGAGAAAGACAAACUGGUUUUUCAAAUGGGCACUUCUGAUCCUAAAAGAGCUUUGCUGGCAGCUAAGAUGGUAGAGCAGGAUGUUUCUGCAAUCGAUGUUAACAUGGGGUGUCCAAAAGAUUAUUCUAUCAAAGGUGGUAUGGGAGCUGCUCUUCUUAAAGAUCCAGAAAAAGUUCGACAGAUUCUCACAGCUCUUGUCGAGGGAAUCUCGAUUCCUGUGACAUGCAAAAUAAGAAUUUUACCAACAAUUGAAGAAACCCUUCAUCUGGUGAGAGUGAUUGAAAGCACCAAGGUUUCUGCAAUUGCAGUUCAUGGCAGAGAGCAACAUGAAAGACCCAGGCAUCCUGUUCAUAAAGAUAUCAUACAUAGAGUGGCCAAAGAAUUAAAUAUAUCAGUGAUAUCAAAUGGUGGAUCAGCAGAUAUUAUAAACUAUGAAGACAUGGAUCGCUUUCAAGAAGAAACUGGCACUGACUCUGUAAUGGUUGCCAGAGCUGCUCAAUGGAAUCCAUCAGUGUUUAGAAAAGAAGGACCUUUACCUAUUGAUACAGUCAUUAAAGAUUUUAUCAAAUUUGCUGUAGAAUAUGAUAAUUCAUUUUCAAACACUAAGUAUUGCUUAGCACAAAUGAUGCAUGAAGUACUGGAGUCUAGCAAGGGGAUAGCAUUGAAACAUAGCAGAACAAUGAAAGAGUUGUGUGACAUUUGGAAUCUUGGUGGUUUUUUAAAGCAAUGUGAAGACAAAAGACAAAAAUCUGCAGAAAACCUGGAAAAGGUUGGUUUUUUAUAUGGCAAGCGAAAACGAGAGGAUGAUGUUAAUGAGAUGCAAGUUACUUACAAAAGAAAGCAUUAUGGCAAUAUGACACCAAAAUGCAUUCUUUAUGCAUAUACCAAAAAGCAAGGGAUGAAGCAACCAUAUUAUGAAUCGAUUGCUAACGAAGAACGUGUGUACAAGAGUGUGGUCUGUGUGAAUAAUGAAAAGUACACGUCAACAAUUGGAGAUAAAAAUAGAAGAUCCGCUGAACAGUUGGCCGCCUUGGUUUGUUUAAAGUAUUUGGGUGUAGACGAUAUGAGAGUUCGUUGCUGACGUCAGAAUUCGAGAUGUUGAGUGUUUUCAAAAAGUCGUAUCUUGUAUGUAAAAAUUCCAUUCCAUGGUUUCGUGACUCCGUUCAGGACAUCCCAUGUUCUAAACGCCUACAGUAAGACGUUUAUCUAUCACAGGCAAACAUUGCAAGAAAUUUGUUUGCAGUGUGAAUUACUGAAGCUGUAAACGUUGUCGUUAACAAAGACUCGUUGAACAAACACUCGUCUGCUUUUGAACUAAUGUAAUUAACUCAGCAAAUUAUAUUGGCGAUAUAAAUUGUAAAAUAAACAUUCCCAAAUAAUGACUUUAA